GUCAACAAAACAGAAGGUCCAGUAUUCCUCCUUGCCGUCCCCGAAACUGUGGCAUUCGCCGAUAGUAAAGGGGCGUCAAUAUCCUGUACUGCAUUUGGUAGGCCAGCUCCUGAACUGGAUUGGGUUCAAGUGGAUGGAUCCCCCGUGGAAGAGGUUUCCGGAUUACUCGAUAUUCUGCCAAACAACACGUUAUAUUUCCCGCCAUUUGAUUCGAGCCAGUUCGCACCCAGCAUCCACAAUACCCAGUAUCGUUGUAAAGCCAAGAACGUGGUUGGAGUAAUCUUAUCAAGAAACGUAACCGUACGCGCCGGUAAGUGUGCUCUUUUUUAA